GUUAUGGACAACUAGGACCGUGGGAGGCAGUUAUUAAUCCGGGAUUCCCCAGUGGUAUCUUCUAGUAUCUCCGCGGUCAUCGGCCCCAUGUGGGGCCCCAUAUAUGCACCUGCUCGCGUUUGGCCUCGAGUCCCUUCGUGCCGUGUGGUUCCAAGAGUGGGUAUUGCAUAUUGCCCUCCGGUCCGACGCUCGCCCAACCGUCGUGCAGGACAAGGACACUCUUGUACCAGCCGUCGUGCGCCCACACCCCGGCGACCUCGACGGCACGUCCGUCGAGGUCGCACAGGAACAGCUUCGCGAAGUCGUGGAGGUCGGCGUCGCGGCCCCGAUACGCGUUCCACCGGCGGAGGUCCAUGCGGACGCGCGCGGCCGCGGGGAAGAAAUUCCAGAGGCGGAGAAACCUUUCGCGGACGGUUGAUUCCCCCCGGGCGCUGUGGUCCGCGGCCCACACGGAGCCGCGAACAAAAUCUUCGCCUGCUCCGCCAUACAUGGAAGGGGGAUAAUCGCAGUAGUCGUACGAUUCGAUGCCGUCGCGGGCAGGGGACCCGGGCGCGAAGUCGAUGGACAGCAACGAGCCGCUGCCGUCGUCGUAGGGAGCCGGGGCGGCGAGGCCGUCUCCAUCGAGGGGAAAGGCGACGCGGAGCAUGGCGACGGGCAGUCGGUCCGCCCCCGCCAAGGAAACCCGGGUCAGCCGCGGCAGCAUCGCGUCGCGCAGCCGGGCCAGCGAGUCGCCCAGGACCCACGCCUCGGACGCUGCCCCCGCCGCCUCGGCGCGUGGACGCUCGAGUUUCUCCGCGUACUUGCGGUUGUACUCAUCAAGACAAAUGUACCCUUCGAAGUCGAUCUCCAGCUCGGUCGGCGGUUGAGCUCGAAGCAUCUCGCACGCAGCAUCAAGGUUUUCGAGGGUCACGGCGAGACGCGCCCCGGUCGGGUCGGCAACCGCAUCAUCGUCUGAUUCGGUCGCGUCAUGAAGACCGGGGGCGACGUCGUCGUCAUCAUCUCCUGGGACGUCGCGCCAGCUCACGCGGACGCGCGAGCCCUCCCGCGGCCCCGACUUCUCGUAUCAGUCGCGGUGGCAUGCAAGGUCCUUUCUGCAAUCAAAACACACUUCGUAAUCUUUUACAGACGCCACCACGACGCGCGACCCGCGGGAGCUCGCGAGGAGCUGGUACAGGGCGACGCCUAAGCCGUCCGCCAUACCGCAGCCUCCCACGCGCCGGGCAGCGAAAACUUCGAUGGCUGGGCACGCGAGGGCAGCCU